UUUGCCGACGAGCAUCUCUGCCGUCCUGCUUCUCCACAGUCAUCACUGCCCCCUCUGAUCAGCGAGAACACACAGGGACUCCUGCAGAAACGGCAGAGUUCGUCAAUGUAACUCGGGUCAGUCAGAAACUGCGCCGUUCAGCUGGAUAAGUCCAAUCUUGGCAGAAGAGAGAGGGGGGGAAAAAAAGAGAGAGUGGAGUGUUGGCGUAAAAUUGUGCAGGAAAAGAGAAGAAUAUGAUGCUCAAGCAGCACUUGAUCUUCAUCCUCUACAGCCUCUGCGCGAGCGUCUUUAAAGUGGCUGGGACAAAAAGCAAAGCGAAAGGGAGCCAGGGUCAGUUCCCCAUCACUCAGAAUGUGACGGUGGUGGAGGGGGGCACAGCCAACAUGACCUGUCGUGUGGAUUACAAUGAUAACACUUCCCUCCAGUGGUCAAACCCUGCACAACAAACUCUGUUCUUCGGGGACAAGAAAGCUCUGAGGGAUCACAGAAUUGAGCUUGUACGAGCCACGUCACAGGAGCUCACCAUCAGAAUCAAUGACGUCAGCCUGUCAGACGAGGGCCUGUAUACAUGCUCACUCUUCACCAUGCCUGUCAAGACAACCAAGGCCUUCCUCACUGUUUUAGGAGUGCCAAGUCGGCCAGAAAUCACAGGAUUUACCAAGCCAGCCAUGGAGGGAGACGAAAUCACCCUGACAUGCAUCACAUCAGGCAGCAAACCUGCUGCCAACAUUCGGUGGUUCCGAAACGACAAGGAGGUCCAAGGCACCACAGAGGUCAAUGCUACAGGAAAAUCCUUCACAGUAAGGACUAGCCUCCUUUUCCAAGUGGACAAACGGGAUGAUGGCGUUGCUUACACCUGCAGUGUGGAGCACGUGUCUCUGUACAAACCCUACAUGACAACUGAGGUCCUGGAGGUUCACUAUGCUCCUCAGCUGGAAAUCACACAUUCACUGAUAAUUCCACUGGAAGGACAAUACUUCAAACUGGAAUGUGUCUCCAUAGGCAACCCAAUACCUGAACCAGUGCUCUGGUCUAAAGAUGGAGGAGAGCUGCCAGACAUUGAGCGUAUGAUUGUGGAGGGCAGAGAGCUUACCAUCACGACACUAAACAAAACAGACAAUGGCACAUAUCGCUGUGAGGCCAGCAACCAUGUGGGAACCAGCUUUGCUGAAUAUAUUCUGUUUGUAUAUGCCAAAGACUUUCCAGGGCCUACAACAGAUCCUAAUGCUUUAGGACAACGUGGACCUGACCACGCUUUAAUCGGCGGUGUUGUUGCAGUCGUGGUCUUCAUCACCUUGUGUUUGAUAAUAGUUCUUGGAAGAUAUCUGGCUAGACAUAAAGGAACAUAUCUAACACAUGAGGCCAAAGGAGCAGAGGAUGCCCCUGACGCUGACACGGCUAUUAUCAAUGCUGAGGGAAACCAUGUGCAUGCAGAGGAAAAGAAGGAGUACUUCAUUUAGACCUCUGGCUUCUCUCUCCUUCGUUUCAAUGUUCAACAAGAGACAUGCAAUUUCAAGCUGCCUCAGUGUUACAACAUGAUCUGGGUUUACUCAUUUAUCUUUUUCCAGAAAAUUCAUGCUUGGUUUAACUUGACUUUAAAAUAGCGUUCUCUUUUUGUAAUCAAUACAAACUAAAGGUUGGAUUAGAUUUUAGUUUUCUGGUGCCUAAACGAGACGUUUUUCUGCAUUUCUUUCAUUGACUGCAUUAACAGGUUUCUCUACUCUCUUACAUAACUGUCUGCAGAAUUUUUAAACACAGAAGGGACAGAGGAUGUGCUUGAUUUUAAGACAGUCAAGGUUGAGUUUUUCAAAGUGUUUUACUGUGAGAACAGAAUAGCUGAAACACAUCGGUUUAUGAAACAUUUACACAAUCUGACUUUUCUUUCUGAUUUAAGCAGUUGUCUUGGAUGUUUCCUGGAUUUUAUCCUACCAUAGCCAUAAUGUACAACAUAACAUGACAGACACUUUGAUAUAACAAAACAUACAAGCACAAUCUAUCCGAUUGUCCCAAAAAGAUACCAUCUCCUUCUUAUGAAGGUGUAUACUCUUACACCUAUUAGUUUUCAGUUGUCUUUUAUCUAGUUAUUUUAUACUAUGAAAGUUGGAAUUUCAAAGCACAAAGUCUGAGGACUAAAAAAAAAAAAAAAAAAAAGAGGGAAAAUACAAGAACUGUAUCUUGUCUCAGGAUUCAAAAUGAGUCUAGAUGGAGUAAUGGAGUCUGACAUGUAAUAAAGAUUUUGGUCAUCAUAAUGGAUCAGGAAUAUUAGUUUUUUUGGUUGGCUAUUUAAUGUAAAAUCCAAACUGAAUGAGUGAACUUUGUGGGGCUUUAUUAUUUAUGUUGAAUUUUAUUGAACAACAACUAUGCUUAAUGUGUGGAUAUUGCUGUAAAAUACUUUGCUAACGUGAAUAUUUGUGAACAAUAUUGUUGAAUCUUGGGAUCCCUGGCACAUUACGUUUUGUAUAUUAGCAUAUACACUAUUUAAUGUAUUCCACAUUUCAUGACUUUUUUCUAUGUUUAUCUAACCAGUUUGUUUUGCCACAAGCCAUGUAUAUAGCUGUGAAACAGUAUAUGUUUCCUUACAGAUUUUGUCUGUUUGUUUUAUUUAUUUUAUUUUGGCAAAUGUUUCAGAUCAGACAAAUUUUAAACUUUGACAAAGAAAACUUCAAAGAUGACAAAAUAUUGUUUUUAGAAGCUAUCCAAACCAACCUGGCAUUAAUAUAUAUAUAUUUUAAAAAUACGCUAUAUUAUUAGACCAAAAUGCAUUUUAAUUCAAUUUUACUUGCCACACUCUGGUCUGAUUACUUUCAGAGCCAUAGAAUUGAUAAAUAACUUCAAUAACCUGUCUGACAACAUGAGGUAGGCUAAAAUGUGCCACAAAACCACACAUUAGGACUCAGUCCACAUAAAUUCAAAAUCAUUUACAUCUAUCAAUCUGAAAAGGGUAGCAAAGUAGUUCUUGAGGCUUUGUUACUCUGACAAACCACAGCGAAAGCCUUUAUCUUUCACUGGGAGAAAGGAAGAAAAUGUGGAACAGUGGUGAACCCAUCCAGGAGUGGUCAGCCAAACAAAAUUACUCGAAGACCACAUCUACAACUAAUCCAGGAAGUCACAGAAGAACAUCGAAAGUACUGCAGGCCGCACUUAGUUAAGAUUGGUCUUCAUGAUUCAGCAAUAAUAGGAUCAAAAAGGCAGAAAUAGUUAUCGAAUAGUAAUGGGAUCAAAAGAUAGAAAUCCAUUCUGACAAAAAGAAAAAGAAUGACACAAAGACAAAUACCAAUUUCAUAUUUGCCAAAAACUAUCUUGGUUAUCAUGGAAUCCUUUGGGAAAAUCUUUAGUGGACUACAAAAAGUGGAGACCUACCGCAUUGUGAUGGACUCUGGCUGCUUCCAGAGAAGGAUGACUCACUCUAUGAAACCAUGAAGCCAACUCUCUAGCAUGGCAGAAAAUCCUCAAGGAGACUAAUCAGACAUCACUUUGUUCCUAUAAAAAUCUCUUUUGGAGUGGCCUAGUCAAAGUCUGGACUUAAAUCGAAAUGCAGUUACGCUGAGUUUGUAUUUACUCAGCUUAUCUUUAAAAGGCUCUUCGAUGAUCUGAAACAUUCCAGUGUGUCAACAAAGCAAAAAUAGAGAAGAUCUGAAAAGGGGAAAAUACUUUUUCACAGCACACCAGAUGUUUUCAGAAAAGGGAAAAGGAAUGCAUUCCAUUCCUGUCAUGCUGAUGAGAGUUUUCACACUUUUGAAGGUUUCUUCAAACAGGGAUUCUAAUGAAUUACUUACAAUUGAAAAAAAAAGAUGACUAUAUGUAUUUAUUAUUAUGACUGAUUCAGAUUUAUUAUAUGAUACUAUAUUAAUUAGUAUUAUUGUUGUUAACACUGAAGUAGUUGUCUGACAUUACCUUUUCCAUUUUAUAAUUCUGUAAUUUGUCAUAAAGAACAGUACAAGGAUCACCAUUAUGGCCUUUGAGUUUGCUGCAAACAGUACAUGACAUGACAUGACAUGUUGAGGACCUGGUGAAUCAAACAUCCUCAAAUUGUAUAUAAUCAUUGUAUCAACGAAAUCGAACCACAUUCCCAAUGACCAUACAUGUUAUUAUAUUGGUUCCGUAUGAUGCUAUAAAUAGUCAUUUUGUACAAAGAUUGAAUUGCUGUAAUUACUUUGCUUUUUAUGGAGGGUGUCUGAGGUCUGCUUUAUCUCUCAGUACUGAAUAUUCAUUUUUCAACUAUGCCACUGUAAAAAAAUAAAAAUAAAGAAAAAAAAAGAGGGACAAAGUGCGAAUUAAAAACAUGAACAACAUGAAAAUUGUAAUUUUGUUGUGACUAGAUUUGUUGUGUGAAAAGAAAACUCAAGAUCAAAGAUUUUUACUUGGGAAUUACAGAGCUUUUACCUGCAGUCAUAAUAUCAGUCUUUACAUCUUCAGUGAGUGAAAGUGGCAUGUUUUGAUUGACACUUUAGCUUAGGCUAAAGCUGCACUGCAAUUGCUAUACAAUGGAACACUAAAUCUUGCUCAGUCUGCCGUGUAACAUAUGUAUGCAAUGUGUCUAAUUAUAGAAAGAUUGCUCAAAUCUCCCACUUCCAAUCAUCUAAUGAGUAUUAGAAAAAUAAAAAUCGACAUGAUUUUC